AUGCACCCCUCUCGUUUGCUACAACUAUGCGGUGUCAGUCUCGGGGUCAGAGUUGCUCUUUCGAAGUCGUGUGGGACCUUCAAACCCGAAUCAAAAGCAUACAGAGCUGUUCCGAACGAUUCGGCAAUUUUCAGACUCUGUAGAGACGGACGCUUAGAUGCCAUUCGAUGUCUCUUUGAUGAAGGUCUUGCUUCUCCACGUGAUACUGAUUUUUAUGGUAGAACGCCUUUGAUGUACUUUAUUAACGGCGCCACUUCCUCCUGGAUGACCUAUGAAACAGCUUCGGGCGGCUUAUUGUAUCUCAUGCUAAUGAUAUUUCUAGAUAGCAGCAUCUACUGGGCAACUAUCAACAUGUAAAUUUCUCGUCAAUGAGGGAGCUGAUUUGGAGGUCCGGGAUAUACUCAAUAAUGAUCUUGGGUCAUAUGCAUGUGGAACGUGGGAUCCCGGUUAUGGAAAGCACAGAGUUCCCUUCGGCUUUUCACACAGUGAAAAUCGGCCCUGGAUGCAUUGCGACAUUCGUAUCGAAGUCCUCCGAAUGUUUCUCGAGCAGUUCGAAGUCAGCGAGAAUCCGUCUUCUUCUGGAUUUAGAGGAUUGUGUUCGCUCGCAGCCAGCACGCGUUUCGUAGGCAAUCGUCAGCGCCUAGCCAACCGAAAACUUCUUUAUUGGACUAGUUCAAUGCUUCUAGAUCGGUUGGCCCUCACUCCCAAUUUAAGCGCCUAUUUUAAAUGUGCGUUAUUUGCUGCAAUGCAAUUCGAGGACAUAGAUAUGAUUGAUCAUCUCUUCCGUUCUUGUCCUCGUGAUAUAACAGGAGAUUGGAUCGCGCCAUCUAUAGCGCUUUGUCUCGUGAGCAAAAUCAGAGAAUUUGAUCAGGCACAUCUUAUUCGUUGCAUGAUGAGUCACGGUAUGGAUCUUCAUAGCCCAUCAGCAAUGCUGCCUUCUACCAUCCCGAAGCAUCCCCAAGUAGCGUACCGGGCUACAAUAACGUCACUUCUCUUACAGUCAUCAGUAGCACUCUUCCAGUUCAAGACCACUUUGCACAAUUUGGGCAUAGACACAUCUAAAUUCGUAUGCGAUGAGAUACAGCAGGGCCCCAUCGUCGCCGCUGGUUGGACUUUCCAAAGUCUCCACGCGGUCUUGAAUUUGGAUUAUCUACCUAAUGAUUCCUUGCCAUAUUUCCUUUGUUUGCAAAAAUGCAUUACUGCUCCCUAUAAAUACGGUAGAGAGCCGUCUUGGGAGAUUCUAUUGGACAAAUUAAAAGCCGGAAGCGACUUCUCCAGCGGCGUCGAAGAUAUACUGUGGGAACGAGAUGAAGAUCUUAUUAAGUUCCAGAGUAUGGAUGGGCGCGUUCGUUCAUGUUGUGGUGAGCUUGGAAUGUCGUAUGCUACCGAGGAUGAGUGGGUUACCGCUCUCUAUAAUUUAUACCGCGAUCGGCUCCGCCAAGCAGCAAAAGAACGCGAAGCAGAGGUGGAGGAUUCAAUGUUUCUCUUGUCUGUUUAAUGGUGUCAUCUUGAUGACGGAAUGAUUGCUUAGCCUAGAUGGCGUAUUAGUUACCAACAAGCACUGGGAUACACCACUUGCGCGUAGAGUUGGGGCAGAUUGAGUUAUUGAAAUGUGCAAUUGUGGUCUAUCUUUCUUCAAAACACGUCUCGAUCAUUUUGCUAUACGUCAACCUGCAUAGUGAAAUUUCACGAAAUUCAUCUUUUUCUGUUUGUUCUCUUUCUUUCCUUCCCCUCCUCAUCUCUCCUCUACCACAUUCAC